CAACCGUGCAGGCUACACGGCUACGCGCUACGCCGUAGCAAAGCCUACGAAGUUCGUAGCAAUCGUGCAGGAGUGAUUUGGUGAAAAAGAAAAAAAAAACAUUUGGUCGGUUUCGGUUGUGAUUUAACUUAGUCCUCAUUCUGAGGAUUUAAAAGUGUUUAAACGAAAGAUCAGUAAGAAGUUAAAAAUAAGGUACCUAGUUAUUAAGUGUUGGUAUAAGAUUGUUGUAAGGUUGUAUAAUAGUGCGUGUUGUGACAUUAGAGCCCAGUGUUUAUCGUUAUAGUUUGUAAGCUGAUAUCGGUCACUGCUGUAAGAUAUCCCACUUCAACACUGCUUUCAGUCACGCGACUGUGAAAAUCGGUACCUGGAGCGCUGCCAAUGGUCACAAAUCCACUUCAGCCUUUAAUAAAUCAAACAGCAAGCUGUUUAAAAUAAGAUUGACAUCAAAAUGCUGUUGGAUCGAUGAUAGAUAAGACAACUGUUGCGAACGAUGACGUCAUCAAAUGAAAACCACUAACAACCGACCAAACAUGGACAUAGAUCAUGUGGUAUUGGAUAAGGAAGCCAUCAACCGUUUUGAACAGUACACCCUAGCGAAGCCAACUCUAAAUGGCGGAAUCGCAUUGGACAGAAGCCAAGAUGGCGAAUCCAUGGCGUCGACGAGUAGAAAACGAGCACAUUUGUCCCGCCAAAAAGUUGUUUGCUGCUUUUGUUUCAAAACGACCAAGUACAGAAGAAAACAAUUCAUUAUCGGCUUCCUAACAAACCUUGUGAUAUUUUCAGUACUUAUAGCGUACACUUUUCUAGGAUCAUUCAUAUUUUUAGCUAUAGAAGGCGGGUCGGACCUGCCGGUGCGGCCGAGGAUUCUGCCGGACCGGCAAAAGUUGAGCCACAAAGAUGUGAAUGCGACGGUAAAAAAAGAACCGGAGGAGGAGUUAGACUAUGGAAACUUGACGUUUUCCGCGAACUACUUUUGGGAUGCUCGAAGUCGUGCGGUGGAGAACAUUUGGGAAAUAACUGUGUCGCUGAAUAUCUUGUACCGGGAGAAUUGGACGCGGCUAGCCGCACAAGAGAUACUUAAAUUCCAAAACGAGCUGAUGCAACGGGUGACGACAGAAAUGGCGGCGCAGUACGGCGUCAGUUACCGGGAGAUGGCAUUGGGGGAAUUCGGAAGUGACGUCACGAACCACUACGAAGAGCACGAAUGGAAUUUGGCCCUCGCGUUCUUCUACUCGCUCACCGUUUUGACGACUAUUGGCUACGGUAACAUCGCGCCACGAACUAUGCUUGGCAAGGGCGUCACAAUUCUCUACGCCCUGUUCGGCAUUCCGCUAACACUCGUCUAUCUCUCGAGCGUUGGCUCUCUCCUAUCAAAGAUGGCUAGAAGUGUCUUCAGCCGAGCCCUCUGCUGCUGCCUCUGCUCCAACUGCGGCUACUGCUGCUACGACGAAAGAAGAAUGGCCGAAAAGGAAAGAAGAAUGAAACUAAAGAGACAGCAGGAAGAAAUGAUAAACAGCCAAAACACGAGCAAAACUCCAACGGAGGAAUGCUAUGUCCUCAAACCUGACAGCCAAAAAGAUUCAUCCAUAUCAGAUAAACCAGCAACAAGUACUGCCAAAGAGGAUCUGAUCAGCUGGCCUGAUACGGACUCUAAGCUAUCUAUGCGCGGUUUGAGCAUACUUGCCCCUGUGCUGCUUUGUUUAGCAGCCAUAUUCAUUUACAUAUCUAUUGGAGCUUUAGUCCUUUUUAAACUUGACAACAUGAAUAUUGUAGACGGAUUUUACUUUUGUUUCAUGGCGUUAAGCACUAUCGGUUUUGGUAGCAUAAUUCCAGGAAUGGGAUACGCUACAAUUAACGGCGUUCGCUAUUAUACUAUUAAUUCUGUAACGCUGUGGUUUUGUUCUGCUUACACAUUGACUGGUCUAGCUUUGACUGCGAUGUGUUUCGGAGUAAUACACGACGAGAUCAUCUACAGAAUCAAACACCAACAGAAAGAAUGGUCUCAAAAGAGCAAUAUUGUGAACGAUGAAGUCAAUUUAAACGAUCCAUUUUAUAUGACGUCCUGACAUAUGUAUAAUAAAGGAAAGUCAGAAAAUUUGUAUAGCAUCAUGGAAGAUGCAUCAGUUUUAGAAAGAAAUAGAAUUGAAAUUGAUAAUAAGGAAGUGGUUUUAAGUGUAGAUGAUAUCCCGACGUUAGGAAAUAAUACUGAGGAGUUUCCACCCCCGCCGCCGGUUGAAGAAGAGAUUGUGACAAUUGUUACAAAGAAAGAGCCCAAAGGGGCCUUUGGUAACAUGGUGGCGUAUAAUGCACUGCCAGAAAUGUUAGAACAUGUAAAUGCGUCAUAAUGUAGUGAUAGGGAUCUUACUUAUGAGUUAUAAAGUCUAAAACUUAUUUUUUCCAUUGUUCCCUUUUAAAACAUUUCAACGUUUAUUUAAGUAUACUAUUUUUCACAGGCUGUGACUUAACACUUGUUUAUGAAUGUACCAAAUUCUGACUUAUUAUGACUUGAUAAAGAUAUUCAAAUACUUUAGUAUAAUUUACUGACCUCUACAAAUUCUUGUAUAUUGAUACCUAUCUAUUUUUAAACUUGUUUAUAAAUACUAAUACUAUUGCCAAGUUUUGUGUAUAAAAAGUGUAUAUACUUGUAAAGUUGGUCAUUGUAAAUAGAAGAUAUGCAAUAUCUUUGAAUUAUCUAAAUGUAAGUACUACAUAAUAAUAUAAGUGUAAUUUUCAAAAACAUCAGAACUGUUGAUAUCAAACUCUGUAAUUUUAAAUGUCUAAAUUAGUAUAAAUUGUUAGAA